AGCUCGGCCGCUACCCCAGUCUUCCAUCAACCGACUGUUCGUGCGGUUUGAAGCUCGUUGUGCACGUUGUCUGCUGGAAAUCGUUCGUAACUUUUCAUUUGUUCGUCAAAAUCGAUCAAUGUUGACGGUUGUUUUCUUUCGCUUUGUUUCUUCAGUCUCUGCUCGCACAUUAUCGAAAUACUUUGUUGAAUAUCGCGAAAAAUUAUCUCCAAGGUUACAUCACACAUCUCAUGUGAAUUAACGAUGCUAGACCAAUAGAAGCCUGUGUGGGGGCUUUCGAUUAUUACCAACAAACGGAAAGUGGAUUAGUAAGAAAUACCCGCCGUGUGGACAACGCUACAACACACCUGAGAAGAAAAAGAAACAAUUCCUAAUUGCUAUACUUUCGCCCGAAAACACAACUGAAAUUGUGACCUGUUAAGUGCACAGAGAGGAAAUUUGGAUUGUUGGAGGACUUACAUUGGCAGACGUGUAUUGGUGCUAUCGAAACGCAAUUUAGAUGAGAAACUGUUUGAAUGUGAUCUGGGAGAUACCGAUUAGAAUUUUAACCGAAGGCUAUUAGCAUGCAGUAAUACCAAGCAGUGUAUUUAGCACAUUUGUUGUGCUUAGUGAAUAUCAUGGUGUGAUGUGUUCAUCGAAUUAAACAUUAAUUGUACUUGCCUUCAUAAAUGCCGGUUGUGAUAAGGAACGUCGAAAGCAGCUCGUACGAACAUAGUUUUGUGAUAAAAAGUUGAUCUAUAAUACCAUACCCGAAGCAGUUUUAAUAGGUAGUAAACACUACGAUAAAGUUAAAAUGGUUUCGACACGUUUCGAAGUAUCUAGCUCACCGCCUGUACGAUACCCAAAAUCAAUAUUUUUCAUAAUCAGCAAUGAAUUCAGCGAGCGUUUCAACUACUAUGGAAUGCGAACUGUUUUGGCACUCUACCUCACUCAGAAGCUCAACUAUGAUGACGACACAGCCACCGUAAUAUAUCACAUCUUCACCAGCUUAGCGUACUUCUUCCCAUUAAUGGGUGCCAUACUGGCUGAUAGUUGGUUGGGAAAAUUUAAAACGAUCUUAUAUCUAUCAAUUGUGUACUGCAUCGGAAGCACACUGAUUGCGAUGGGAGCAAUUCCACCCUUGAAUUUACCGGCCACGUCCAUGACGGUGCUGGGGUUGUUGUUCAUAGCAGUAGGAUCGGGUGGCAUCAAACCCUGCGUUUCAGCUUUUGGCGGAGAUCAAUUUAAAUUACCAGAGCAAGCGGUUCAACUAGCCAAGUUCUUUUCGUUGUUUUACUUCGCUAUCAACGCAGGAUCACUUAUUUCGACAACGUUAACACCAAUUCUUCGCGAAGAUGUCCAUUGCUUCGAUGAUCCUGAUUGUUUCUCCCUUGCGUUCGGAGUGCCGGCUGUUCUUAUGAUUUUUUCAAUUAUAGUAUUCAUCUGCGGAAAGUCAAUGUACACAAUCAAAAAACCUGCAGGGAAUAUGGUAGUUCUAGUAUUCAAAUGCAUCGGAAAUGCAUUAUCUACCAAAGUAAAAGAGCGCGAUGUGAACCCACGGAGCCAUUGGUUGGAUUAUGCCGAAGCUAAAUACGGAAAACAAAUAGUUUCAGAUAUAAAAUCAUUAAUGAAAAUAUUAAUCCUAUACAUUCCGUUGCCUGUAUUUUGGGCUCUUUUCGAUCAACAAGGUUCUCGGUGGACUUUCCAAGCAACGCGAAUGAACGGUGAAAUCGGAGCAUUUACAAUCAAACCAGAUCAGAUGCAAGUUAUCAACCCUUUCUUAAUCUUAGCGUUCAUUCCAUUCUUCGAAGGUUUAGUAUACCCUGUACUAGAGAAAGUUGGUAUCAAGACACCUUUACAGAAGCUGUCGUUCGGCGGAAUUUUAGCUGGAGCUGCAUUUGUCUUAUCUGGAUUUGUCGAAAUUGCUCUAGACAAAACCAACGCGGUAUUACCAGCGCCAAAUGAAUCUCAGUUACGGAUUUACAACGGACUGCCAUGCGAUUAUCACUUUACGAGUGAUAUUCCACACUUCAAUAAUUUUACCGUCCAAUCCCUUGGAUCAUUUGAGGCACUUCAGGUGUCUACGGAACAAAAUACCACAUUCCGAUAUUCAGCUUAUACCACGGAAAACUUUUGCAUAAAAGCAAAUAUGUCCAAUGUAUCGGGAACGUUUUACCUUAACCCAGGAAACGCAGUUAGCUAUUUUAUUAAUCAAAAAGCCAACAAAAUAAAUUUUCUGGAGUACUCUGACUCUACAGAAAAAGAUAAGCGAGGAUUGCCAAGACUCCGACUACUUGCCAAUAUUAAAACAAUUAAAAAGGUCCUACUUAAAAAUAAUCUGAUUUCCGACGCCCAGUACAAUAUUUCAUUGAAUACCUUCGAUCAACAAUCGGUUAUUGAUGGAGAAUAUGAUAUAUUUAGUAAUGAUGGAAUCAGGAAAAUUGCAUCGGUGAAGCUAGAUCUUGGUGGAGUUUACACAAUUAUUCUACACGAAGUUUUGGAGAAUGAAUUUACACUUCAACGACAUAUAGUAACCCCACCCAACUCGUUGCACAUGCUCUGGCUAGUACCGCAGUACGUGGUAAUCACGGCAGGCGAGGUGAUGUUCUCGAUUACGGGAUUGCAAUUCUCCUAUUCGCAGGCACCCGAAAGCAUGAAAUCCGUUAUACAAGCAUUUUGGUUGCUAACCGUCGCUAUCGGAAACAUGUUGGUAGUGUUUAUCGCCGAAGCGAAAUUCGUCCAUUCACAAUCUGUCGAGUUUUUCCUAUUUGCCAUAUUGAUGUUCCUCGAUAUGGCGUUCUUCAUGAUUUUAGCCAUCCGUUACAAAUACAGCGAGCAUGAGAUAAGUGAUGUUGAAUCGGGUGAUAUAAAAAAAUCUACCGGUAGCAUAGGGGAGAGUGAACCGUGCAAAUUUGAUCAAAGCCCGCUGGAAAAAGGAUUGGAGAACGUUAAAGCCUCCUACACGAAUGAAGCGUACCGAGAAGACUGAAUCUGUGUAUAUAUGUGUUUCUUCGUCGAUUGUAUCUAGCAUCUUUAUGUUUUAAUACAAUUUUGUGGUAAAAACAAGUCAAUCUAACAGCUCUCAAAGCAAGUUAAGUUACCGAGAAACUUGUAGUCGUCAUAAUAAUAUAAAAAGAAAUUUUACAUAC